GCCCCAUAUUCGCCCCUUUCUGUACUGAAACCCUGGAUGGCUGGGUUCUCUCUGCCUCUGGUCCUCUCUUCUGCUCUCGCCGAGUUGCCGGAGUUCCUCGUCGUCGCUGUUCUCGAGUGUCGCCUUCGUCGAGAUUCUUCUCUCUUUCUCUCUGUCUCCACGGCGUCAUCGCCGGCACGCCGCUGUCUUGGUGCUUCCGUUGCGUCAGUUCAGUGAAGAAGGAAAGGAAGAAAGGCAGCGAUGGCCAUGGAGGUUGACCCUAAUCUUGAGUUAACAUCCUUCUCCUUCUGGAAACCCCUUCGUCGUAGGUUCAACCCUGACUCUCCUUUCUUCGCUUCUGGCAACCUCCAACGUGAACUGCUAGCCAAACAGGUUGCGUUGGAAUUAACGGAAGAGAAUGAACAACUUGAGGAUUGCAUCCAAGAUGGAAGCAAUCGAGGAUUUUGAAAAUCACUAUAAUGCAAGGCAUACUGCAUCCUGUUCAGUUUGCUCCAGAGUCUACCCAACUUCUCGUCUGCUCAGCAUACACUUAUCUGAAGUUCAUGAUUCUUUCUUCCAGGCGAAACUUGCACGCGGCUAUGAUGUGUAUGAAUGCUUAGUGGAAGGCUGUGGUUUGAAAUUCAAAACCUACAGUAGCAGGCAGCAGCAUCUGGUUGACAAGCACAAAUUCCCAACCUCAUUCGAUUUUUUCAAGAAGUCUCGACCAUCAAAGAAACAGAGGUUAAAGUCUCAGCGCAAGCAAUCUGUUCAGAAGGAGGAUGCAUCAGAAACAAUGGAAGUCGAAAAUGCAGCCAUAGAUGACCUCACUUCAGCAGUCUCUAGAAUGAGCACUUCUGACUCUACUCCUUCCUCUAUCAGCUUUGGUCGCCGCAACAAAGGGUUGACCUUUGCUCCUCGAGUUGUUCAGCAAAAAACCCAGCAAAGAGAUAAUUAGCUUUUUUUAAACCAAUUUGAAUUAACAAUUGCUAAAUGUUCAAUCUUUAAUUCUUGAUAUGUUGCCCCUUUAUAAAAUCCGUGGUUUUCUUCGGCUAAAAGGUUGAAGAAGCUGAUUAAGUUGAAGUUCACGUUGGGCCCCCAUAAGAUAAUGACUUUUCUACAUCAAAUCUGGGUACAUAUGGACAACUUACAUUUCAUUAUCUUUUGGAAUUUGAUGUGGUUUCCCUUCUAA